UCAGGAAACAUCGGAAGCACCAGCAAGAUUGAAGGCCAAAACUGGCGCCAUGGCGAUAUCGAAGAUACACUCCUCACCAUCCUCACGGCACGCGCCAUGGGCGGCCGCAAGUUUAGCAAACUCGAUGUUAAGCGAAUCUACUUCGGGAACUGGCUCCGCGAUUACAGCCAGGCCGUAGACGUAGGCACUGUCAAGUACGUUUCUGCUGAAGCAAUUCGCCUUCUGCUUUGGAUCCUCGGCUUUUUAUCCUUCGGCUAUGGCACUCAAGAGUUUGAGGUUACCACGGAGAGGCUGGGUUGCUAUCGUCCAGAAGAGCAUAUUGACAACCCGAAGGACUACGCCGACAAUCUUGAUGCGAGGCAGUACGACCGCCGUUUGCGCGGUCCUGUCGAUGAGCGUCGCGAGCUCAGCAUUGACGAACGCACUGGCUUGAAACACUACAUUGCUAGUGAGGAUCAAGGCAUCACUACAUCUGCUGGCAUGGUCCGCACUUUGUUCCGCAAAUGCAUCGAGCUUGGUCGCCGCUACAAGCACAACAACGAUCAACGCGAUUACUAUGAAGCUCUCCGCCUGCUCGGAACUGCUUGUCACUGUCUGGAAGACUAUUCUGCCCACUCCAACUACACCGAAUUGGCUCUCAUUGAGCUUGGCGAGCGUGAUGUCUUCCCGCACGUCGGCCGUCGCACCCAGAUUGAGCUCAGAGGCGCUCGUCAUCCAGUCUACCCAAUCAUCACUGGCACUUUCGGUGGCGUCGACUUUUUGCACUCUGUCAUGGGCGAAUUCACCGACAAGGCGACCCAGUAUGAAUUGGACGAGCUGGAGGGCACUCUGGUCCAAUCUCAGAACGCCGAUACUUCGCUCUUGCAAGAUCUGCUUGACAAGCUCCCACCUGGCAUUCUCGGAGACAGCGAUCAGAAAGGCAAAGCGGAGCAGCUCAAAGUCAACGCUCAGGCAGAACAACUGCAGAACAUGCACAUCACGCCAAAGGAGCCAGAAGCCUUCACCCAACAGGUCGAGGAGAUUCAGACACAGAUCUAUCCCCUUUUCGAGUUCCAUGAUAACCUGAUGAAGAGCAUCAACGAAGCUAUCGACAAGAUUCCGGUUCUGCCAGACCUGAUAGAGCAGCUGCAGGACCAGGUUUCAAUCUUCGUAUUCUCUCUCAUGGCUCCAUUCGUGGUUCCGAUCGUCAAUCAGGUGAAGAAUGAACUACGAACCGGAAGCUCAGAGAUCAUCCAAUCCAGCAAGGCUCAGCAGCAUAACGUUUUCCAGGACGACAGCUGCACCGAUCCAACCCACAGUAUGCUUUCCAAGGAUCACUUUUCCAACAUCCUCAACGAGCCGGCUGGUAAGGUUGCUAGCCAGGUAUUGAAGUGGGUUGUGCCGCAGAUCGUUGCUUGCUGGGAUGACGAUAACAUCGACAUUCGCCGCACGAAUGACCGCAUCAUCAACGGAGUAUUUCACCAUCCAGCGCUCCGCGACUAUGGUGAGGACGGUGCGACUGAUGGUCGUCAUUUGAUGUUUCAAGUCGUUGAGCGCUGGUGGAGCGAGAAGUCCGACCGCGAGCGUGAUGAUCUUCGCGACAAGCUUUCAAGAGAUGGCGUUGAGCAAGGCUGGAACCACAAGGAAGGCGUACAAGAUCAUGGACAUGGUUGUGGCAAGCCUCUGGGCCUGCCAAACAUGAAGACAAGCCAAAGCUCCGGUGGCCUACCAAACGAGAUGCAAAGCCAUAUUAGCGACACAGUCGGUGAUGCUGUUGGCGGCGGGGCUCUCGGCUCCAUUGUCGGUGGACUCGCUGGCGCGGUUGGAGGUGGAUUGCUCGGUGGCGCCUUCAGCGGCGAGAAGGCCGAAAAGAAGAGA